CUUGCUGUCCGCUGGCCCAACAUGCCUUCCGCGGAAAGGGACGAUAUCAUAGCGUACUUGAAUGACCGACAGCUGUACGACUGGAGAUACUUGACGAAGGAAGACCGCCAGGCCAUCUACUACGUGUGCUAUGGGCCGUGGGGUCCAAGAGACCCU